UAACAAUCAAAUUAACACAUAUUUGUGUGUAUUGUAUGCCCAAUUGAAGUUAUGGAACAUGCAUCUCUGAUGCUGCCCUCUUUAUCUCUGAUAGUGCCUUCUGUUCAGGAAAUAGUAAAGGAGCCACUGACAAGAGUUCCAGAGCGUUAUAUUCGUCCACAUCAUGACCGUCCAAUAAUAUCUACAACAACACCUUUGCUUGAGCUUCCUGUUAUUGACCUCAGCAAAUUAUUGUCCCAAGAUCUUAAUCUAAAGGAACCUGAACUGGAUAAAUUACACUCUGCCUGCAAAGAAUGGGGCUUUUUUAAGUUGAUCAAUCAUGGAGUGAGCACUUCAUUGAUGGAAAAUGUGAAAAUGGGGGUUAAGGAAUUCUAUAAUCUUCCAAUUGAAGAGAAAAGGAAGUUUAGUCAGAAAGAAGGAGAUGUGGAAGGGUAUGGUCAGGCAUUUGUAAUGUCUGAGGAACAGAAACUAGACUGGGCUGAUAUGCUUUUUAUGGUUACUUUGCCAUCACAUAUGAGGAAACCCCAUUUAUUCCCUAAACUCCCUUUACCAUUCAGGUUCUAGCCUUCUAGGUUUCUACUCCAUAUGUCUUAAUUAUUUAUUUUGCAUGUUUUCAUCCAUGAAAAUUUUGACAAUAGUUUUAUGAAUCUGCAAUCAAAGAAGGAAAGAAUUUUAAUUUGAAUCAUUUUAAGUUCAUGAUCCCUAAAGUAGGGGGGGAUGAAGUCGUAGGGUGAUAAAGUCACAAAACAAGAUUAAUGAGUUCCUUCGAACUAUUUUUCUUAAUGAUAUAUGUUUGAGGAUUUUUAGGAAUA